AUGUCCAUCACAGAACUCGCCGUCCUUAAACUCAACCAACCCAUCCUCACCAACCCCUUUCCCAGGUUAUUCAACCUUGUCAUAAGCCGACAGUCUGCCUGGUCGGGCUUCCCAUUAUUCUACUACUCCGAACCCCAGAUCGAAGACACAGUCUACCUAAUUUCAGGAUGGAAGGACGCCAGCUCGCACUGGGAAUGGAUAAAGAGUGACGGCAACCAGGAGCUUCUGACCCUAUUCAAGCCAUACAUCGUCGACAUGAAACUUCACCACUUGAACAUCCCGUUCAUCUCGUUCUUGGAGGACAGCAAAGUGGUCGUUUGGCGCCAGACCGCGGCAGCAACUCUAAAGGAGAGACCAUAUCUACUGGACCUACCAGACUCCAGCACCCAUUUGCUGUGGGAAGGCCGGGGUCCGACGAAGAAGACGAUACAAUGGUGCACCAGCUGA